AUGUCACUGUUCAGGGCAUGCUGCCUACUAGUAGUAGUACUUGUGGUGUUUUCUACCGAGAUUGUUACCGCACGAGCAUCUAAGGAUAGUUCCUCGGCCGGUUGUUCGAAGAGUGGCGGGAAUUUCACGCGUGGAACCAGUACCGAAACAAUCGGAAAUCGAUCAUAUCUGCUCUCGAUACCGGCCGACUAUUCAUCGGACACCCCGACCCCGCUUAUCCUGUCGUUCCACGGUGGUGGUCAAACUCCCUCGAUCCAGCUCGACGCCGAUCAGCUGGCCAACGGGAGUGUGAAUGACCAGUAUAUCGUUAUUUACCCAGAGGCAGUCCACACACAAUGGCAGGUCAGCCCCGACAGCGCCUCAGACGACCUCGACUUCGUCACGGACAUCCUAGACAAAGCCGAGUCAGAGCUAUGCAUCGACACCUCCCGCCUCUACGCGACGGGGAAGUCCCAGGGCGGCGGCAUGGUAGGCAUGCUGGCGUGCGACGAAAUCCUGUCGACGCGGAUCGCCGCGUUCGCGCCCGUCUCGGGCGCCUUCUACGUGGCGGGGGCCCAAGGCGGGGACGAGUGCGACCCCGGGACCGUCGACCUGCCCUGCGCCGCGGGGCGGCCCGACAUCCCGGUGCUGGAGUUCCACGGGGGCGGCGACGAGGUGAUCCCCUACUACGGCGACGCGGGGAAGCGGGGCGCGUGCCUGCCUACCAUCCCGCACUGGGUGCGGGCGUGGGCGCGGCGCGACGGGCUCGGGGCGGACACUAAUGAGCUCGGUCUCGUUUCGCAUGUGUAUGAUGGGGGUAAUGUCGGGCAUGUCUGGCCGGCGAUGGUCGGGGGGGACGCCGGCGGGGGCUCGCCCGCUGGCACGGCGUCGUUUGAUGCGACCCCGAUGAUUCUUGAGUUCUUUGGGAAUUAUACCCUGCCUGCCAAUGAUACCGGUAGUGUCCCGACCGGGACGGAUGGCAUCGGCGGCAGCACUCAAGACAGCACCGACAACAGCUCUAACUUGUCCGCUGGGAGCCGGAAGGUGGCGACGGUCUGGGGGCUUGUGGGGUACUCCAUGUUCAAAUCACUCCUUUGA